AUGAUAGCUCUUGCUACAGCGACAUCAGGUGUAGCAGCUGUAAUAAUGCCUGGUGGAAGAACAGCACACUCAAGAUUUAAAAUCAAAAUCCCAACAACAGAUUCAUCUAUGUGCGGUAUAUCAAAGCAAGAUGGAACAUCAAAACUCCUUAGAAUAGCUCGUCUAAUAAUUUGGGACGAGGCUGCUAUGGCUAAACGCGUUGCAAUUGAAACGUUGGAUAGAACACUAAGAGAUUUAAUGGAUAAAGAUGAACCAUUUGGCGGAAAAGUUAUUGUAUUUGGUGGUGAUUUCAGACAAGUUUUACCAGUGGUGCCUCGCUCAACAAGAUCACAAACUAUCAAAGAAAGUUUAGUAAGCUCACAUUUAUGGAGAAAAAUGAUCAAACUACAACUUUCAAAAAAUAUGAGAGCAAAAUCAGACACAGCAUUCAGUGAAUUUCUUCUUAGAAUUGGGAAUGGAGAUGAACCAACAGUAACAGAGGAUCUUAUAAAACUGCCUACUGCAAUGUUGAUCAAGAAUCAAGGUGAUGAAUUACCGGAAGAUUCUCUCAUAAAUUCAAUUUUUCCAUCUUUAGCUGAAAAUUUCACGUCCAUUGACUAUAUGAAAGAUAGAGCUAUCCUUGCAACAAAAAAUGAAUAUGUUGACAUGUUAAAUGAUAGACUAAUAAAAAGGUUUCCAGGAGAAGGAAAAGAAUUCUAUAGCUUUGAUGAAGCAGUUGAUGACACUAAUCAUCAUUACCAAGAAGAAUUUUUGAACACUCUGCUCCCUAAUGGACUACCGCCACACAAGCUACUGUUGAAAAAAUAUUGUCCAAUUAUUUUACUAAGGAACUUGGAUCCAACUAAUGGACUAUGCAAUGGUACAAGAAUGGUAUGUCAAGAUUUUAACUCCAAUAUAAUUCAAGCUAAAAUCACAAUGGGACAACAUGCUGGGAAAGAAGUUUUCUUGCCAAGAAUACCAUUAAAAUCACAAUGGGACAACAUGCUGGGAAAGAAGUUUUCUUGCCAAGAAUACCAUUGUCACCAGCAGAAGAUGAAGGAUUACCAUUCAAGUUCAAACGCAAACAAUUUCCCAUAA